ACGUAAAUUGUUGACAUCCCUACUAGCCUACUAGGACACCCUAUCCCGAUCCAGACCCGACCCACGGCUUUGUCCUCUCUUCUUCUUCUCCAUUGCCGACCAACUCAGAGCGGAGAAACACAAAAAGAAAGAGAGAGAGAGAGAGGGUGUUCUAUGAGGUGCAAAUAACAGAGAAGCUUCGGACAGAAAAGAAAGAGAGCGAGAAAAGAGAAAAGGGGUGGGGGGUGUUCUAUGAGGUACAAAUAACAGAGAAGUUUCGGACAGAAAAGAAAGAGAGCGAGAAAAAAGAGAAAAGGGGUGGGUGGGGGGUGUUCUUGGAGGAAUGGAAUAGAGAGAGAAAAAACCGUGAGGAAGUGGGAUCGACUGUCUUUCCUUCUCCACUAUCAAUCAAAUCAGAGAUAGGAAGCGAUAGCUGGAGCAGUGUCACUGCCACGGACUGUCACAAACAGUCCCGAUUCCGUCGUCCACCACCACUGACUUCACCGUUGUUUGCCAGAGACCGUCGCACUCUCCAUUGUCUCCCUUAUCGAUGGUCAUCGUUAGGUCAGUUGAAUUGAACCUAUCCCUGGCUUCCUUCUAGUAUCAAUGCCCGAGCUCAGACGUCCAGGCAAUGUGUGAUGGAAAUUCUACGUCUGAAGAAAAGUAUCUGCCGUUAAUCAGUGACUAGCCGCCGAAGCCCUUAUACCCGAUACAAACGACGGCAUCAAACGCAGUUCGAAGGCUACAUCAGAAAGGGUAGCAGUACAGAGUACAAAGUUGUCAUGGACAGCUCUGAUGAUGAAAAUAAUGAUGUAACCAAGGAACUCUAUCACAAUUCAACACUCAAUGGUACAAAGUUUGUAGAGGAAGUACUCACUGGUCAAAAUGAAUAUUGCCGGGAGAAUUUUCGUAUGGAUAAGCAGGUCUUCUACAAGUUGUGUGACCUUUUUCAAGCUAAAGGUCUACUACGCCACACAAGUAGAAUAAAGAUCGAGGAGCAGUUAGCAAUAUUCUUGUUUAUAAUUGGUCAUAACCAAAGAACUCGUGCAGUUCAAGAACGCUUUCGGUACUCUGGUGAAACCAUUAGCCGGCAUUUCAACAAUGUUUUAAAUGCAAUUAUGGCAAUUGCUAUAGAUUUCUUUCAGCCUCCAGUGUCUGAUAUUCCUCCAGAGAUACUGGGGGAUGCCAGAUUCUAUCCAUAUUUUAAGGAUUGUGUGGGGGCAGUGGAUGGAAUACAUAUCCCAGUUAUGGUUGGUGUUGAUGAACAAGGUCCAUUUCGCAAUAAGAAUGGAUUCCUUUCACAGAAUGUAUUGGCAGCUUGCUCAUUUGAUUUGAAGUUUCAUUAUGUUCUCGCUGGCUGGGAAGGUUCAGCAACUGAUUCACGUGUAUUGAACUCAGCACUCACAAGGCGUAAUAAUCUUAAAGUACCUGAAGGUAAAUACUACCUUGUUGAUUCCAAGUACCCAAAUAUGCCAGGCUUCAUUGCUCCAUACAAUGGUGUUCGCUACCCCACAAACGAAAUUCCUGGCAUUUAUGCACAAGAUGCAAGAGAGCUGUUUAAUCAGCGACAUUCAAUAUUGCGAAACGUCACUGAUCGCAUUUUUGCUGUUCUGAAAGAACGCUUCCCUAUUUUGAUGUCAGUGCCUCCCUACCCAUUACAGACUCAAGUCAAGCUAGUUGUUGCAGCAUGUGCAAUACAUAAUUUUAUCCGAAAUGAGAAAAGGGAUGAUUGGCUUUUUAAAAUGUAUGAACAAGAUAUUGAGCCACCGGUAGAAGAAUCAAUGCCACAAGUUGAGGUAGAGCCAGUGGCAAUGAUACCGUUUGAGACCCAAUCUUCCGAGUUUGUCUUCGCAGAGGGACAACUAGAAGCAGCUUCACAGUUGCGUGACGCAAUUGCAACAGAGAUGUGGAGUGAUCAUGUGCGAAGUUUAUCGAUCAUGUAGUUUGUUUUCUUUUAUAAUUUCACUAAAGUUUCGAGACUGUUCUGAAUAUUUAUUUUGAUAGAGCAAUGGUAAUUCUGUUGAAUACAAAUACCCAAAUA